CUAAAUUUAUCUUUAUAUAUAAUUGACGGUUUCUACAGAGCUUUAAUAAAGACUUUUAACACACCAACAUGAAUUGCGAUGAAGUAUAUGAGAUCAAAAAAACUUGGGAAAUACCCGCUGCUACACCCACAGAGUCCGGUGUGGCGAUAUUGUUAAAAUUUUUACAAAAUAUCCGUCCCAAUUUGGAAAAGUUUUAUUCAUUUAAAGAUCUGCCAAUUGAUGAAUUAAAAAACAAUGCCCGCUUCAAAGCCCAUGCCGUGCGCAUUAUUAAAGUUUUUGAUGAAUCCAUACAAAUGUUGGGACAUGAUUGGUCGGGACCAAAGCUAGAGGAAAUGUGGUCAAAAGUUGCAGUGUCACAUUUUAAUCGACAAAUUGAAAAACAAUCGUUUAAUGUAAGUUGUGAAAUCUCAAAAAAAAAAAAU